GGCGGCAGCGACAGCGGCCCGGGAGCUCGCGCGGGAGCCCAAGCCAGCUUGCUGCGGAGGCCGGCGAGCGCCAAGCGCUCCCAGGCGCGCGGAAGAGAUGGCUGGCGCCCGGGAACAAUAUGGGUGAAAGCCCGGCCUCUGUGGUUCUUAAUGCCUCAGCAGGAUUAUUUUCACUAAAGAUGGAAACACUGGAGUCUGAAUUGACCUGUCCAAUCUGCCUCGAGUUGUUUGAAGACCCCCUUCUGCUCCCUUGUGCUCAUAGCCUGUGUUUCAGCUGUGCCCAUCGCAUCUUGGUCUCAAGCUGCAGCUCUGGUGAAUCCAUUGAGCCCAUUACUGCUUUUCAGUGUCCUACCUGCAGGUAUGUUAUCUCGCUGAAUCACCGGGGCCUGGAUGGCCUCAAGAGGAAUGUGACCCUGCAGAACAUUAUUGAUCGCUUCCAGAAGGCUUCAGUCAGUGGGCCCAAUUCUCCAAGUGAGAGUCGCCGGGAGAGGACUUACAGGCCUAGCUCCGCCAUGUCUAGUGAGCGAAUUGCUUGUCAAUUCUGUGAGCAGGACCCUCCGAGAGAUGCUGUGAAGACGUGCAUCACCUGUGAGGUCUCCUACUGUGACCGUUGCCUUCGGGCCACACACCCCAACAAGAAACCUUUCACCAGCCAUCGCCUGGUGGAACCAGUUUCAGACACACAUCUUCGAGGGAUCACCUGCCUGGACCAUGAGAAUGAGAAGGUGAACAUGUACUGUGUGUCUGAUGAUCAGUUGAUCUGUGCCUUAUGCAAACUGGUGGGUCGUCACCGAGACCAUCAGGUCGCUUCCCUGAAUGAUCGAUUUGAGAAACUAAAGCAAACUCUGGAGAUGAACCUCACCAACCUGGUUAAGCGCAACAGUGAACUAGAAAAUCAAAUGGCCAAACUAAUCCAGAUCUGCCAGCAAGUUGAGGUGAACACUGCUAUGCAUGAGGCAAAACUUAUGGAAGAAUGUGACGAGUUGGUAGAGAUCAUCCAGCAGAGGAAGCAAAUGAUUGCUGUCAAAAUCAAAGAGACAAAGGUUAUGAAACUAAGAAAGUUGGCACAGCAGGUUGCUAAUUGCCGCCAGUGUCUUGAACGGUCAACAGUCCUCAUCAACCAAGCUGAGCAUAUCCUGAAAGAAAAUGACCAAGCACGGUUUCUGCAGUCUGCAAAAAAUAUUGCCGAGAGGGUCGCUAUGGCAACUGCAUCUUCACAAGUUCUGAUUCCAGACAUCAAUUUUAAUGAUGCCUUUGAAAACUUUGCUUUAGAUUUUUCUAGAGAAAAGAAACUGUUGGAGGGGCUGGACUAUUUAACAGCCCCAAACCCACCAUCUAUCCGAGAAGAACUCUGUACCGCCUCCCAUGACACCAUUACGGUCCACUGGAUCUCGGAUGAUGAGUUCAGCAUCAGCUCCUAUGAGCUUCAGUACACCAUAUUCACUGGCCAGGCUAACUUCAUCAGUAAGUCAUGGUGUAGUUGGGGCCUGUGGCCAGAGAUAAGGAAAUGUAAGGAAGCAGUAAGCUGCUCAAGAUUGGCCGGUGCGCCACGAGGCCUGUAUAAUUCAGUGGAUAGCUGGAUGAUUGUGCCCAACAUUAAGCAGAACCAUUACACAGUGCAUGGACUCCAGAGUGGGACCCGCUACAUCUUUAUUGUGAAAGCCAUAAAUCAAGCAGGCAGCCGGAACAGCGAACCCACCAGACUCAAGACAAACAGCCAACCCUUUAAACUAGAUCCCAAAAUGACUCACAAGAAGUUGAAGAUUUCCAAUGACGGAUUGCAAAUGGAGAAGGAUGAGAGCUCUCUGAAGAAAAGCCACACCCCAGAGAGAUUUAGUGGCACUGGGUGUUAUGGGGCAGCAGGGAAUAUAUUCAUCGACAGUGGCUGCCACUACUGGGAGGUGGUCAUGGGGUCUUCAACAUGGUAUGCAAUUGGCAUUGCCUACAAAUCAGCUCCAAAGAAUGAGUGGAUUGGCAAGAAUGCCUCUUCCUGGGUCUUCUCUCGAUGCAAUAGUAACUUCGUGGUGAGACAUAACAACAAGGAAAUGCUGGUGGAUGUGCCCCCACAGUUGAAGCGUCUAGGUGUCCUCUUGGAUUAUGACAACAACAUGCUGUCUUUCUAUGAUCCCGCUAACUCUCUCCACCUUCAUACUUUUGAUGUGACCUUCAUCCUUCCAGUUUGUCCAACAUUUACAAUCUGGAACAAAUCCCUAAUGAUUUUGUCUGGCUUGCCUGCCCCAGAUUUUAUUGAUUACCCUGAGCGGCAGGAAUGCAAUUGCAGGCCUCAAGAAUCCCCUUAUGUGUCUGGGAUGAAAGCUUGCCACUAAGUGUCAAGAGAGCAUGUAAAUCACGGGCUCUCCAAUCCAGCACUUCUUCCCUUCUUAAGCCUCCACUAGGGUUCCAUAUAUGAGAUACAGAAUAAAGUCCAUUGGAAGCACCCUAAAUGACUAGAUAUUGUAGAUUUACUUUUUGUGCAUUAAAGCUUAUGUUUGAAUUCAUGUUUUGAGUUACUCAGAACAAAGUAUCUGAAUAGUCUCGGUUCAUGCCAUCAGGGAAGACUUUUAGAGGAUAUCUCUGUCAUCAUUGGAGAAUUUAAAGUUCCCAGUGAUUUGGGAGUUUAAGUGAUACUGGAAGGAAUUAGUCUUUCUAGCAGUGGCUAGUUUGACCAGGUAAAAUUUGCACAGUGUCAAAUUAUCACAUAUUGUACGUCACUUUUUAAUAAACUAACAAUCAAGGUGUUAUGAGAAUAUCAUACAUGUGCAUAUAUAAUAUAUAAAAUGACUUAAUUCAAUUUAUGAAUAAAGUGACAAAUCAUUUUAUCUAAUAUGUAUAUACAAUAAACCCUUAUUUGCCAAUUUAGGCGAGAGAUAUAUUGAAAAGGAAAAUAAAUUACACUGUCCAUUCUUAUCCCUUAGUUGAAACAUCGUAGUCGAUGGGCACUUUUCUUUUCUUCCCUUCUAGCCUUUCUUUUCUCCCUCUUGUCAUUCAUACAAACACAUGCGCUCGAGACACAGAAAGUGAGAAGAGCUCUUGGACCUGGGGACAAGUCUGCACAAGAGAUGCUAAUGCUACAUAGAAAAUCGAAUCUGGUAGAAAUGCCCCGUGGAGCAUAAUUUCAUUGAUGUUACUUAAUGCGGGAGAUUCAUCUAAAUUAUUAAAAACUGUCACAAGAUAUUUCAAAGAAAUAUAGUUUUGCUAUUCUCAAAUAUAUAGUUACUAGACUAAGGCUUAAAAAGAGUUGCAUAAUGGAGUUUCCUUAGAACUUGUCUCACGUGACCAGUAAGAAUGGAGUGUUACAGGUUCAACACCUAUAUGCAUACAAAUGCACGUGUGUUUUCAGAGGGCACACUCCUGAAAUGCUGUUUUCCUCCAUAGGUUCCAUACUCCUCAUUUUUGUGAUUUUUGUUGAUGCUUUUCAUUCACUUAGCACCCUUUUCAUGACAAACAAAAACUUAAAACCCAUCCUAGUUUUCCUCAGGCUAGUUAAAGGAACUUGAGCUGCACAGUGUGAUUUCACAGUUCCGUUGCAGAGGCUGAUAAGAAAUGCCAGAGAACUAGAGCCUUCUUCCAGGAGCAGUUUACUCCUUGGUAGUUGUAAGUUGAUUAUACUAGUGUGUAAUUAUAGUAGUAGCCAUUCCCUGGAUUGUAAUGGAGCCUUGAUGCAGUGUCAAAUGCUAGCCCCUCCUUCCACCGGCAUGGUGGAUUCUUAUUUAUGAAUUUGUUCAGUGAAGUAUUAGAUGCCGCACUCCUGCUGCAAGAGUGCAUAUAGUACUAAAGUGCUGUCCUUGCUGUCAAAUGACUCUUAGACACAAGAGACAACAUAUCUCUGUAAACCCCACCUAAGAGCACUUCUGGAUUGUUUGCUUCUCUGCCACAAAAAGCAAGACUGGUGCCAAUGCAAAAGGAAGGCUCAGCUUUACAUGUCAGGUGGCAAAGUCGGUUUAUUUGGCUUUAAUGACUUUAUGUACCUUUACAGCUCAUCAGGGAAUGAGCAACCUCAGUCAAAUUCAACAGUGCUGGUAACUAGCCCAUGGGAAGAUAAAGCUCCCAGCCUUGAGAUUGAAAUGGUCCCAGCGUCUCUGCCAUUUAACUAGCAGUGUGGCCUCAGGAAAGCACUUCUCUGAGCCUGUUUCCUCUUCUAUAAAAUGACCCCCAUUUUAUAAGGCUGGUACAAAGAUUUUAAAAUAUCUUGUGUAUCAGUUGCCUAGCACAGCACCUGGCAUUCACUAUGUGUGCCACCAAUUUUCAUCUCUUCCGCAAUACCAUUCAUUUAUUUUUGUGUCCUUGAGUUUUAGUUCUGGGAACAAAGCUUUAUUCCCCAGUUCUACUUUUGGCUAUAGCCUAGACUAUUUUUCCUCAUCCUUUCUUCUCUCAGUUAACUAGUGAUCUCUGAAGCUGGCUUAUGUGGCCCUCUCUGACACUCCCUUGGCUGACUGAGAGCACACACACCCUGGCAAUAAUCAAAUCAUAUGGUAGUAUUUCUCCGAAUGUCAUUUUCAGAAUGCCAUCCUCUGAAGACCCAUUUGUAGAACCACCUUUAGUGAUUUGUUUCUUAAACAAUUGAUUCUUGGCCCCUAUUCCUGAUAUACUUACUUAGAAUAUCUGGGAACAUAAUGAAACUUACAUUUGGGACAAGUUUCUCAGGUUAUUCUGAUUCAUGCAAAAAUUUAAUGUAUAAUAAUUAUUUUCCCUACUAGAAUGGGACUACCUUGCGGGUAAAGACUGGCUUUUAUUGUUGUUGUAUUUUCAAUACCUAGCACAGUGUCUGGAGCAAAGUAGUUGCCUGGCUAAUGUUUGUUGAAAGAAUGUAUGAAUGAACAAACGAAUAAUCAAAAUUACUCUGUUUGACUGUGAUGUCCAUUAGUGGUAUUUGUUAUUCUUGGGCAAGUUGGUUACUUAUUUAGUCUAUACUGAUAUUAUUUUGUAAAUGCACCAGGGCUUAUGCAUACAGAUGAACAUUGUUCCAAAUUGGCAGUUAUCCUGGAGAAUUGUCUUUGGAGCACAUGGUACCAUUCUCCCAAUAACAUUUCAUGUUUUCAUGAACUUCAAUGAACUCUAUUGUUCUUUGAGGGUAGAUGUAAGUUCUCAUUAUAGGCAGAGUUAAGCCUACUGAAUAAAUAGACAUUAAAUAAGGUUUGUGGGAAGCAAUGAAGCUUGAUUCUGAAACCCCAACUUCUGAGGCACAUAAGGAACUGCUGUCCAAGAAACAGCAUGGUGGCAAAUCACUCAGAGGGCUCUGGUGGGUUCCAGAUAUUUACUUCAGUAAACUUAAGACUUUCGUAGAAUACUGGCAAUGGUAGGGACCAGAGGCUACCUCUAGCUAAAGCCAGUUGCACAAAUGGAACACGACCAUUUAACAUCAUCGAGAAAGAUGAUUCCAUAAACGUGGUUGUUGUUGCUUUACUUGAUCUAACUAUUCAGAACUUUUUCUCUUAGAAAAUUAUUUUCUGUCUGCAAUUUAUGCUUGUUUCCACUUUUUAUAUUGUCUUAUUGAAGAAAGCACAAAAUGAAGCUAAGCUUGUUUUGAGAAUACAGAAGAAAUUUUAAUGCCACAUUGACAUUCUUGCUACUUGUAAGAGUAACUGCAUCUGGCUGUGUUUUUAUUAUGUAAUUCCAUUGUGUGUCUUUGGAUGCAGUGAAGUUCAUAUUGCAACAAAAUCAUGUAUACAUGCUUUUCAGCUCAAACAUUCUAGGUGAAUUCUCUCAGCUUCCAUGGUUUACAUAUUUUAUAUGACUACCUGAAUGGAUUAAUUCAUGGAUGGGCUUUGGAAUAAGCUCAAAUGCUGAAACCCGUUUAAUCAAGGAAUGGAAAACACCAGGCAGGUAGACAUGAAUCACUUCCACACUUAUUUGUAGCUCCUGAAGCCAAUUCCAGCCUCAGAGCCAUUGGGCUGUAUUUGGCUGUAUAUUACAAGUUGGCCAGAUUUCUUGACAUCAGGUCAGGCAAAACUGCCUUUUAUGGUGUGGUCUGCCAGCUUCAUAAAUAUGCUGUGUUAUUGUUAUUGGCUAGAAUAUUUAUUAGACUAUUGUUGGACUAUUUUUUAUCAAAUGCUUUACCCCAGGCUUGUUUGUACUGGGAGCUCUGGACCAAUAGUGUCUCUCCUAGUAACAGAAAUAUGAGCAUCUGUGGAUCACACAGUCUCACCCUUCUCUAAAGAUCCCAGCCCAUCCAAAAUGCUAUAUUAUGAAUUAAAUAAAUAUAUAUGUAUUCAUGAGUUGUCGAUUGUCUCUCAUUGGAAUUUUAUUGGGGAAAGACUAAAUGUAAGAUGGUCAUGAGUUGCCAGAAUUGGGGAAGUGACUCAGGGAGAGGGGAAGUGUGUGCACCAAUAAUCAUGUAAUUGGUAGACAUCUCAGUAACUGAAGAUCUAAGGAGGUCUCAACGUUAGGGCCCAAUCAUGAAGGCUUUGAUUUUAAGAGAAAGAUCUAGUCAAAAGAGUUAAUAAAAUGGAGAUUUAUCUAAGGUUCAAGGGAAUGUGAUUCAGCUAGCUUCAGAUAUUGUGGCAGAAGGCAAGAAUUAAACAACAAUUAACCUCCCGAUGUUAGAAUUCAUUAGUUAAGACCAGAACAUGAUUACAAUUAAGUGAAAUGACUACCUUACUGUUAAACAUCUGGCCUGUAGGAGGAGCCUGGGAGAAUUAAAAGGUUCCUCAGGCCUGCAUUGGACAUACCCUAUUCAGAAUUGCCAUUGUACUGAGACUAAAAGGGUCAUGUAACAUGGAGUGAAUCAGUCACUAGUAGUAGAGAAAAGGCUUGAAGAAAGAUGACAGACCAAGGAUGAUAGCUUAAAAGCAAAGGAAUUAAUACACAAAGGAUACAAGAACUUGAAACAUUGGGGGUUUAAUGGCUUAUUAGUA